AUGCUGCAACCCAUGGACUUCUUAAAAACACGCAUGCAACAAGAACGUUUGCCGAGCCAGUCAUCCUUGACAGCGACGCAACGGCUCGCUCGCGCAUUUCGCACAGUCGUUGACACAUAUGGAUACCAAGGUCUCUGGAGAGGCACUGUGCCCACUAUCGCACGGAAUGUGCCAGGAGUCGCAGCCUACUUUUACACGUUAAACGAGCUGCGCUGGCUCGUAGCUUUAUGGCAAGUGCCAAUGUUAUCGAUUCCAGGUGCCACAAAUACGGCUCUAUUGGAUACAACAUCGACCAUGGCUCGUUUGUCGAACGCUGGUAAUAUGAUAACUGGUGCCGUGGCGCGCGUAUCGAUUGGCCUGCUGCUCAAUCCUAUUUCCAUUGUCAAGGCACGGUACGAGUCAAGUCACUUUACGAAGGAUGCAUACCCUACAUUGUGGGCGUCAUUCAGAAGCUUGUAUCGGGAUGGCGGAUUCCGAGGUCUCUUUCGUGGAUUCUCAGCAACGGCCUUACGUGAUGCACCAUAUGCUGGUUUGUACCUGGUUCUGUAUGAGCAGCAUAAGCAGUGGCUCGGUCAGCUUACUCACUCUGAUACUGGUACUUGGCUCGUCGUAAGCACAAGUGGGCUGUGUGCUGGUACUCUCGCAACGCUCAUGACGCAUCCAUUUGACAUUCUCAAGACGCGCAUGCAAACAACGCCGACCCGGUUAUUCCAAGGGACAGUUGGACCCGAUGCAAAACUUAGCUUGUUUACAGCGGCGCGACACAUCCUCACGGUUGAUGGCUGGCGUGGCUUUGUCGAUGGAUUGGGCCUUCGAUGUGCACGAAAAGCAGCUAGUAGUAUGAUUGGUUGGUCGAUUUUUGAGUUGGGGAAUCGAUGGUUAUUGUGA